AUGCGUUGUCUGCGAGAGAGGCGGGCGCCUCUUGUCGGGGUGGGCUGCAUGUGCUUUCGUGCCUGCAUGGAGUGGGGGCAGGUCGAGGAGGAACGGUUAAAAAGCGACAUUUCUCCCAGUGACUUUGGGAGGAGGGUGACGGACCGGCGCUGUCGCUGCCGCUGCCAGUGCCACUGCCACUGCCACUACUGCUUUUGCUAUCAUUCCGUUACGCCUGGUCGCUUCAGCAACUGGGCAUGGGUCACCUCGGGCCAAGGCGACUGGGGGUUUGGGCCGACUUGUAUCGACUGUCCGAUGGACACAUCUGCCGCCGAGUCGGAGGGAGGGUCGGAGGCUGGAGACGAAGUGAAGACCGGCAAGACAACCGACUGA